CCUAAAAUUGUACUUCAAAAAAAAUAAUUUAAUAUUUAUCACUUAACGAUACAAGAGAAUAAAUAAACAAGUUAAAAUUAGUCAUGGCCAAGCCAACAAACAUAAAGGAUGCCUUGGCCAAGUGGGAGGAUCGCAACAAACAGCAGGCCACCACGGCCACAGAAAUCGGACUGCAGUUCCAGUAUCCACCGAUCGAGAAAAUGGAUCCGAUUCUCAACAGUCUAACCGAGUGCCAGAAGCUCAGUUUGUCCUCGAAUAUGAUUGAGAAGAUAAGCGGCAUAUCGGGAAUGAAGAACUUGAAGAUCUUAAGCUUGGCACGCAACAAUCUGAAGACUCUUAAUGGUAUCGAACCUUUGGCUGAUACUCUGGAGGAAUUGUGGGUCAGCUACAACAACAUUGAAAAGAUCAAACCCCUUGAGGUAAUGAAGGCCUUGCGCGUGUUUUAUAUAUCCAAUAACGUAAUCAAGGACUGGGCUGAGUUUAUGCGUAUGGGCAUUCCCCCAAACCUUUCUGACAUAACAUUCGGAGGCAAUCCUUUGCACGAGAAUAUGGAUCCGGCUGCCUUUACCGCCGAGGCAAUUCGUCGUCUGCCGAAUCUAAGGAAACUCGACGGAGAACCUGUCAUUCGCUAGGUAAAAACCAAUUCGGACAGUCUUGUUAUAUUCAAAAUAAAGGGGAGUCACAAGUCGA